AUGGGGGGUGGAUCGUUCUGGCGGAAAGAGAAGAAGAAGAAGAAAGAGGAUGAUGAUGGUGGAGCCGCUUAUACUACUACUACUAAGAAUACGAAUAACGAUAUCAUCAAACCGCUCUCGUUACCGAGCAACCCGAUGAUUUUACGCAAUCCUGGGUGGCUCGAGCGCGUGGUCGAGGGCACGUUUUAUUGCGGGUGCGCUGGGGUCGCAUCUGGUCUCGCGUUUGCGUUGGUUCGCGGACGCCCGGUUUCGGUCGCGCCGCACUACGCGCUGAACAUGGCGACGAAUUUUGUCGUCGUCGGAGGGACUUUUUUAGGGAGUAAAGAGACGGCGAAGUUGUUGAGACAGAGAGAUGGUGUGAUGAACGAUAUGAUAGCAGGAGGAGUGACUGGAAGUGCGAUUUGGGGGUUGUAUCGAGGUGUGAGCGGCGCGCCGAGCGGGUUUUUGUUAGGCGGCGUCGUCGCCGGGAUGGGAAGCGCGAUGUUGAGCGAAGAGCUCGGUAAAGCUUUCGAUGCGUUCGAAUUGCCCGGGUGGUUUCCAGUGCGUAAAAUUACGGAAGAAGAGGAAAGAGAGAUGGAAGAGGAGAAGCUUUUGCACAGCAGAAUGCGACGGGUGAUGAUGGGCGAGUUCGACGAAAACGAAGCCGCGCGAUUGAGGAACGAGUUAUUGGUGAGAAGGCAAGUGAAGAAGGAGAGAGAGAGAGAUCGCAUGGCAAAGUGA